AUGGGAUCUGCACCGCUGUCCGAUCUGCCGGCGCUGAAGAACAGCCCCAAGUACAUCUUUUUCACGGAUUUCGAUGGCACAAUCACUCUGCAAGAUAGCAAUGACUUUAUGACCGACAACAUCGGAUUUGGCACCGCCCUGCGCAAGAAGGGCAAUGAGGAUGUGCUUCAAGGCCGCCGCGACUUUAGGGACAGCUUCCAGGAGAUGAUGGAUAGCAUUAGCGCACCGUACAACGAGUGCAUUGACCUGCUGCUGAAGAACAUCCAGUUGGACCCGGGCUUCAAGAAGUUCCAUGCGUACGCCAGGGCGAACAACAUCCCUAUUGUUGUCCUAAGCGGUGGAAUGACGCCCGUUAUCAGAGGGCUGCUUGGACAUCUCCUGGGCGAGGAGGCCGCCAGUGAGCUGCAGAUUGUGAGCAAUGACGUGAAGGCCCGGCCGGGCAAGGACAUUAACGAGGAGAGGGGCUGGGAGAUUGUUUUCCACGAUGAUUCCGGCUUCGGCCACGACAAGUCCCUGGAGAUCCGGAAGUAUUCCAGCUUGCCGCAGAGUGAGCGGCCGUAUCUCUUCUACGCCGGUGAUGGUGUAUCAGAUCUGUCCGCCGCGAAAGAGACAGAUUUGAUGUUCGCAAAGGCCGGGCGAGAUCUCGUCGUGUACUGCGAGAAGGAGCAUGUUCCUUUCACCACCUUUACGAACUUCUCUGAUAUCCUGUCAGUUGUGAAGGACGUCGUCUCUGGAAAGGUGAGCGUCAAGGACACUGCGGGCGGUCGGCGACCGACAUAUCCACCAAGUUUGUUCCUCUUCACUCCAUAUUCCAAGGGCUCCAGAUACAUCAUGGCCGCCUCCACUACCGCUGUUGCCAAGAAAGGCGACUUUGCGAUUGAUCCUGACCAGGCAUUGAAAGCGUCGAAAGCGCUCCUGGCGCACAUUAAGAAAACUGCCGAGGAGACAGCAUCCAACUCAAACAAGAAGAAUCUCCUCGAUUCUGCGGAUGACGGCCAGAGCCUGUCUGUGGCAGAGACGCCAGUCUGGCUGACUGUCACCACCAAGCGACACAUCCACGAUUCCAAGGCCCUGAAGCCCAACAAGAUCUACCUCCCCCACCCUCUGCAUACCGACACCGAGUCUAGCAUUUGCCUGAUAGUGGCAGAUCCUCAGAGGCACUACAAGAAUGUGGUUGCGUCAGAAGAGUUCCCCGAGGAACUCCGAAAGCGCGUGACCAGGGUCAUCGACUACAAACACUUGACUGCCAAGGUGAAGCAGUAUGAGGCACAGCGCAAGCUCCUCGCCGAGCACGACAUCUUCCUCGCCGAUGACCGCAUCAUCAACCGGCUACCAAAAGCCAUCAGUGUCUUCUACAAGUCCACAACCAAGCGGCCGAUACCAGUGGUUUUCCAGAGUAAAAAGCCCAAGGAACAGGGCAAGCGAGUAAAGAGAGACCCCAACGAGAUCAACUGCCGCCCAGUAACGGAGAUCGCUGCUGAGAUUCAGAAGGCGAUUGGCGCUGCCCUUGUGAACCUGUCUGCGUCGACCAACACUGCUGUCAAAGUCGGCUACGCGGGCAUGCAACCGAAGGCACUGUCCGAAAACAUUGUCAAAGUAGCCAAUGAAAUGGCGAACAAGUUCGUGCCGAAGAAGAAGAAUGGCAUAAAGAGCAUGUUUGUCAAGGGCCCUGAAACUGUGGCACUGCCGAUCUGGCAGGACGAGGAGCUUUGGGUGGACGCAGAGACCGAUGUCGUCGCGAAUGGAUCCGAAAAGGCAAAGGCGAUCGAGGCAAGAAAGGAGCAGGCUAACGUUGGAAAGAAACGAAAGUCACUGGAUGCGGCCUCAGACGACGAGCCCAAGACCAAGAAGGCCAAGAAGGAAGCCGUGCCUGAGAGCAAUGACGAUAAGCUCGACAAGCAGAUUUCCGAGCGCAAAUCCAAGCUUCGUAAUGCGAAGAAGAAGGCCAAGUCAGCCAUGGAGGACUGA